AUGGCGUUCAUGCUGAGGCGGCCUUUUGCCGUCGCGACGGCCUUCAAACAGGCUGCACCUCGGGGUGCAAACCUAGGCGCUCGAUACUUUCACGAUACUCCAUUCAAGAGCUCUACGGCCUUCAAGCCCUCGACACCCACACGUCCAUCUUCCAUCCUCGCACGCUCGCGACAGACCUUCCAGAAUGCUUUCCGUCGCACAUAUAUGCAAGAGACCUACUCAGUCGACCGUGGUAAUUUGACUCAAAAGCUGCUGUAUGGAGCCGCCAUCGUUGGUGGAACUAUUUUGGCCACGAACAUCAUCUUCAAUCGCGAGACUCGCGACGAUGGUGGCAUGCCAAUCUAUGAAAGACAAUACUUGAACGAAACAUUCAUGCACACUGGUCUAGGUCUUGGUGUUAUCGCUAUUGCUGCUCGUGCGUUGCAUACCAGUGGAUGGUCUGUUCGGUUGAUGACCUCAAACCCUUGGGCUGUCGUUGGUCUCGGUCUCGUUGCUAGCAUUGGUACCAUGUACGGAACGAUGUACACUCCUCCUGAAAAUUACAUGCUCAAAUAUGCUCUGUGGACUGGUUUCAAUGUGACUCAGGCUGCUCUAUUGUCACCUUUGAUGUUCUUAUCACCCGCUCUGCUCGCUCGUGCCGGUCUCUACACCGUCGGCAUGAUGGGAUCUAUCGCUUUUGUCGGUGCCACUGCCAAACAGGAGAAGUACCUUUACCUUGGCGGCCCUCUUCUUGCAGGCGUCGCCGUUGUCGCUCUUUCCGGCUUCGCUCCUCUCGUCCUCCCAGCCACUGCCGCUCGUACGUUGAUGUGGUCUGAGCGUAUCUGGCUUUAUGGAGGUCUUGCUGUCUUUGGCGGCUUCACUCUCUAUGACAUUCAGAAGAUCUUGUACCACGCUCGUCUUGCUGAGCGGGGUGUGGUCCGCCGAGACCCAGUCAACGAGAGUGUCAGCCUCGAGCUUGACUUCAUCAACAUCUUUGUUCGUAUGGUGCAGAUUCUCGGUAUGCAACGCAACAACCGACGAUAA